UGUAGCUACAAUUGUAUUUCAUUAUAGUAUAGAAAGUAUACAAUGUUCAAACAGUUUUAUAUAUUUCAUUUAAUUUGUUUGUAUACUGCUUUAACAUAUUGUGUUAUCUAUAGAGGUGUAUACAACUGUGAUCUAAGUGGGUCAAGCAAAAACAGCGUGAUGGAAGAAAAGAUACGACGGUUGUCAAAUUUUGGAUUUUCUGAAUCGGAACGACAUGAAAAUGUCAGCCAAACAAAUGAGUCAUUUUUGGAACCAUUUCCUAAUUUCAUCAUACAGUAUGGUCCUCCACGAACAGCGACAACGCUCCAGUUUCAAGUAUUGUGUUUGAUGAUGGCUCUGCAGCAUGAAGAUGAAAUAACCUCAGUUGCGUGUAACAGGAACUUAUCCUACAAAUACAAUGUCAUUAAAACGCACACUAUUGGAAAGUAUCUUAUGAGAAUACCAUCUAAUUCGUGGAUUUUUAUGACUUCCGGUGCACACAAAAGAAACAUUUUACAUGGAAUUCGAAAUAUAAAAGACAAACAAAUUAGGAUUGUUUAUGUUGCUGAUAUUGAUUUAGUUUCUAAACGGGGUCAUUUUAUUGCAUAUGAAUACCAACGUUUCUUUGGUGUGUCAAAUGACAAAAUGAAGAUUAUUGUUGAGUAUCUGCGUUACUGGGAUAUACUUCGGUUAUGCUGUGGAAAACAGAUGUCCGCUGAUUGGCGAAAUCACUUAUCACCAGAACCAAAUUACGAAUGGCACCAUGAUCCUCAUAGCCCAACGUAUCCUGCAUGCGAAAUGUACAAUAUAAGUCAAGUUGAACAACUAUUUAUAAACACAUACGCCUUUCAAAAGUUUGCCCAUAUUGAUUCACUGGUUCAUGUCAUUGGAAGACCGUCAAAUGUUGACGAUAAACUUAACGGGCAAUAUUGCGUGCGUUGUAACAUUGACAUUUCUCAAAAGCGUAUGUAAAGUUACCAUUCACGAUAUAUAAAUGGUUUUUACCAUUUGAUAUCUAGUCUAAUUGUUAACACAUUUAUUUAACGUUGCAUACAGAAGGAAAUUUUGGUCCGAACCAUUACAACGCAUUACAAAACAAGGCUUAAACGUUGAUCAUAAUUUUGUGUAGCACUUUCGAGAGUUCCUAAAUGUUUGUUGUAGCAAAAUAUUACAUUUCUGUUUCGCAUAAUAACAAAACGACUGUCAUAUCCUUCCUUGAGAGAUAUUUCAAAUAUAUAAAUCGACAAACCGAAUCAACUGAUUUUCAACGAAUGCUUUAUGAAUCAAGCAAUUACAGGCGUUUGAAACUAGUCAAUAUAAUGCCGUCACGGUCCCAUAUUGGGCGCCAAAUGUCAUAGGAAAUCAUGAAAAAAAGCGUGCAGCCACACAGGAACUCUACCCGGGGCCUCGAAAUACCGUUCCGAUGCUCCAUCGACUAAGUUACCCGGCCACCUACACAUUUUCAUCCGACUUAAUAUUCAAGUCCUUUACCGUGACAUAGACAUAGAACAUCGUUAGGACGUAUGUUUUAACACUUGUUGCUAAUAUACCUUACGUUAAAUAUGAGGUUUUUCAUUCUUAUAGUGCAACGAAGGUGACAUUGUUGCAGUCUUUUAUCUCGUAAGUCCACAAUUAAUUGUUCUCUCAAUUGUACUUAGAACAUUAAAUGUUAUUAGUAAUCCUGGUAUUGACUGAAAAAAAUCGCAUAUUUUUAAUUUGCUAACCUCAAAUGCACCUAAUUACCUCAUUGUUAUAUUCAAUAUGCUUGUUAUACAGGACUGUUUUCUGCGAACAUUCCUAUGAAAAAAUCGAGGAUGCAAUAAAUGUACUACCUUCUAUACAGAUUCUACCAAAAGUUUAGAAAUCGGAUCACAAUUUUGAAAAUGAAACAAUUCAGCAAGCCGAACGAGUAAAUUUUGACAAAUAUGCCAUGGCUGGUUGCAAAAUUAAAGCUAGACACAUCUCAGAAAUCAAACUGAUAAACAAUUACUAAUGGUGUCAGAUAAAAUGGUAAUAUUAAAGGUAAAUUUAUCAUUUGCAGACUUUCAUUAAACGUCUGAUUGAUGCUACCUUGUCUCACUUGUUUAUCAUUCCCUUAGACAAACUGACGCAGAAGCUGAUAAGAUUAGGUUGUAUUCGUACUGAUUUCAAAAUUAUACUCACGCUCCACAUACUGUAUCUAUGUUUUUUAUUGUGAGAGGCAUUCGCUAAGAAAUUCUUUACUGAAUGAGGUUAUUGAUUUUAUCGAUAUUCUUAGCAUUUUUCAAGGUAGGCGUGUUAUCGAAUCUAUUCCGAAAUGAAAAACGUCUGAAACCCCUGUUAUUUGUUUUGGAUAUAACCAUCUAUAAGAAAUGUUAUCAUAAAUUAUGUUCGUAUUAUUUCCGACUUGGAUAUGCGGAGACUUGCCAUGUUAUCUCCAGACAAUGAGAUAUGAUUGAGAUUAAAAUAAUUCGAACUUUUUUUCCAAGG